UUGUUCAAGCGAAGAUCAGACUGUCAAUUUGAAGUGCAUUAUAAGCUUUCAUCUUUUUAAGUCAAUUUCCUUAUUGUUAUAAAAAAAAAAAAGAAAUGAAGGAAGAACCACGGACGGAAAUGGUGUUAGAAGGAACCAAAAAUGGCAUGGUUGUCAGUCAAGCCAGUUUUGGUGGAUUUGACAAAAAUGUCACCGCAUUAGAGCUCACAGAUUUCUUAGAGCAAGAAAUUGGAGGUAUAUGGCGAUGUAGAUUGAAGACUUCCUGGACUCCACCAGACUCUUACCCUGAUUUCGAUGUCACAAACAUGAAAGAGAUCCAGAAAACAGAUGACUAUGAAAAGGUGAAGCCUCAUGCUUUUGUGCACUUCAUAUCUCCCGAGGCAGCAACUGCAGCGUUAAAGGCUGCUGGACGCUGUGAGCUUGUCAUGAAUCACCGCCCUCUGAAGGUGAACUUAGAACCUGAGUCCCCAUUCCGAAUUAACCAGAUGAGGAGAGCAGACCCCUUCAAGCUACCUGAUUCCUGCAUUGAGAUUGGAUCUCUUGUCGCCCAGGACGAAUUCGUUGUUUGUUGGAAAGCACCUUGCGUUGAUUUUGUCGUGGAUCCUUUUGAUCUGAGCUGCAAAAUCAUGUUCACAAGGGAAACUGCUUUCUCCAUUAAGGACAAGCAUGCAGUCAUCAAAUGCGACUUCAAACUGGAGUUCUUUGUGAGAGAUAUCAACUACAUCAAACAAUAUACACAGUAUACAGGGUCAUCUUCUUUGGUUAUUCUGUUGCAGCUGGCAUCUUCUCCAUGCAUCUAUUACAGAACUGCAGAUGAUGAUAUCUAUGAUUCUUUUCAAUUUGAUAUGUUGGAUGAUGAAGAUCCCUGGAUAAGGACUACAGAUUUCACGCCUAGCAGAGCGAUAGGCAGGUGCAAUUCGUAUAGAAUAUCAGUUGCACCCCGCUUUGGUCUGAGACUAAAGAAGGUUGUGAACUAUCUUAGAGAGCAUAGGAUACCGGACGAGUGUCUGAGAGGGCUGCUGAGAAUCCGAGAGGAACCUGAUUUUGGAAAGCUGAUGGCAGAUUCCUUCUUUAGCAUUGACCAUGAAGAGGGUUUAAGCUUUGAGGUAAUAUUCAUGGUGAAUGCUAUCGUUCACAAAGGUAUCAUCAGCCAGAAUCAGUUGUCAAAAGAAUUCUUCGACCUACUGAGAACUGAACAGAAUGAAGUGAAUGUUACAGCCCUACAACAUAUGUAUUCCUAUAGGCGUCCGGUGAUCAAUGCAUGCAAAAGUCUGAGAGAUGUCCAAACAUGGUUCCUUGACAACCCCAAACUUAUCAAGAGCUCCAAGGAAUCAGACGAUAGUGUUGAGGUGAGAAGACUGGUUAUAACUCCAACCAGAGCCUAUUGUCUUCCACCAGAGGUGGAGCUUUCCAAUAGGGUUCUUAGGAAAUACAAACACGUUUCUGAUAGGUUCCUAAGGGUUAGCUUCAAGGAUGAACGAAUGCAGCAACUCAGUUGCAAAGACCUCAUCUAUCAUGUCUCUCCUAUUGUGAAGGAUAUUAAAUCGAAAUCAUUUACCCAAAAAACCACCGUUUUCAAUAGGGUGAAGACUAUUCUGACUAAUGGGUUUUCUCUGUGUGGUCGGAAGUAUUCUCUUCUGGCCUUUUCAUCCAAUCAGCUGAGGGACCGGUCUGCCUGGUUUUUUGCUGAAGAUAAGAACACCGCAGUCAUGGAUGUUAAGAAGUGGAUGGGGAAGUUUGCUAAUAGGAAUGUUGCUAAAUGUGCAGCUAGGAUGGGACAGUGCUUCUCCUCUACCUAUGCCACAGUUGAGGUUCCACUGAAGAAUGUCAACUUAGGGCUUCCAGAUAUUGAGAGGAAUGGAUAUGUAUUUUCGGAUGGGAUUGGCAUGUUAACACCUGAUCUUGCAAUAGAUGUUGCAGAGAAGCUGCAAUUGACAACCAACCCUCCUUGUGCAUAUCAAAUAAGGUAUGCUGGUUGCAAGGGGGUCGUAGUUUGUUGGCCUGCUGCUGCGGGAGAGGAAGAUGGCAUUCGCCUCUCCCUGAGGCCAAGUAUGAACAAGUUCGAGUCUGGACACACGACCCUCGAAGUCUGCUCUUGGACUCGUUUCCAACCAGGUUAUCUCAACAGGCAAAUUAUAACUCUUCUUUCAGCACUGUCUGUCCCAGACGAUGUAUUCUCAAGACUGCAAGAUUCUAUGGUUUCUAAACUAAACCAGAUGCUUGACAAUGCUGAUGUCGCUUUUGAUGUCGUUACCUCGUUGUGUCCUGAGCAGGGAAAGACUGCAGCGAUAAUGUUGAGUGCCGGUUUUCAACCCCAGAUGGAACCUCAUCUAAAAGGAAUGUUGUCCUGCAUAAGAGCUGCACAGCUGAGAGACCUUCUGGAAAAAUCUAAGAUCUUUGUUCCUGCAGGAAGGCUGUUGAUGGGGUGCUUGGAUGAACUAGCAGUACUCGAGGAAGGACAGUGCUUCAUCCAAGUGUCUACCCCUUCAUUGGAGAAUUGUUUUUCAAAGAAUGGCUUUAGGUUUUCUAAGGCAAAGAAGAAUGUACAUGUUAUCGAAGGGAUUGUGGCCAUAGCUAAGAAUCCCUGUCUUCACCCGGGAGAUGUUCGGAUUCUGAAAGCUGUAGAUGUGCCUGGUUUGCAUCAUCUUGUUGAUUGUCUGGUUUUCCCUCAAAAGGGAGAGAGACCGCAUACAAAUGAAGCAUCAGGAAGCGAUCUUGAUGGGGAUCUCUACUUUGUUACUUGGGAUGAACAUCUUAUACCUCCAAGCAAGCAAAGCUGGAUGCCAAUGGACUAUUCUCCUGUGGAAGCUAGAAAGAUGUCACGUGAAGUCAAUCAUCACGAUUUGAUAAAGUUUUUCAUGAAAACAAUGGUGAACGAGAAGCUUGGUGUCAUCUGCAACGCACAUGUUGUUCAUGCCGACCUGAGUGAAUAUGGAGCCUUGGAUAAGAAGUGCAUCCGUCUAGCAGAGCUUGCAGCCAAAGCAGUCGACUUUCCUAAAACUGGCGAGGUGGUGACAAUGCCGCAAUCCCUAAAGCCUAAAAUGUAUCCAGAUUUCAUGGGAAAGGAGGACUUCUUAUCAUACAGGUCAAGCAAGAUCCUGGGCAAACUCUAUCGCAAAAUUAGAGAUAUUGAUUCUGACAACGGCAUGGCAACAUCUUCAGAGAUGGCCUGUGUGGCUGAAGAUAUUUCUUACGAUACAGAUCUCGAAAUUCUGGGAUCUGCAGGCUUCGUGACAGAUGCUUGGAAUCAGAAGUGCUCAUAUGAUGCACAAUUCAGAGCUCUUCUGGGCCAGUACAAGGUGAUCAGGGAGGAAGAGGUGGUGACUGGACACAUAUGGUCCAUGCCAAAGUAUAAUAGUAACAAACAAGGCGAGCUGAAAGAGAGGCUUAAGCAUGCCUAUAAUGUAUUGAAGAAGGAAUUCAGGCAAGCAUUUGAGAGUAUGGAUGAGACAUUUGCAAUCCAGCUUACAGAAGAUGAAAAAAACUCUGUCUAUGAAAAGAAGGCAUCAGCAUGGUACCAGGUAACCUACCACCCUAAAUGGGUCAUGAAAACACUGAAAUUGAGAGAGCACGAGGAUGACAGCAUGCCACCAAUGCUUAGCUUUGCCUGGAUCCCAGCUGACUACUUGGUGAGAAUUAAGAUCAAGCACCAGAACAUGGAAAAGGUGGACAUUGGCAAGCCGAUAAAUGCUCUUGCGAGUUACCUUGCUCGUCAGAUGUGAAUAGGAGGAACUGAGGCAAUUCUCAGCUUCAGGCCCUUAGUCAUGCUGGCAUUCAUUUUGGCCACAAGGCCACUCUGCCAUUAGUCAUUUCUUCUUUUUUCUCCCUUUUGGAACUAAAAAGACUGAAAAUGUUAUGAUACUUAGAAACUAGAAGUGAUAAUAUAACUUGUGAGGCUUUAAAUCAUAAUUCUCAAAUCACAUUCCUUGUGCAUUUCAAAUUUGAAUCCAUAUCAAAUCAAUACAAUCACAUUUCUUAUGCUUCUACAAUCCGUUCUUCUAAAGUUCUUGUAUAUCAAAAGCUUUUUCUUUCUUUUAAAACAUCAUACAGUCCAACAGCCACAUUUAACAGAGUUAGAUUUAGUUCAAAUGGAAGUCUGGGUAUGUUUUUUCAUUCAUACUUCAUAAACACUUUUGGUGCAGGCAGUGCGCUUGCCUCUCGCUUUCAAGGGUGAUCCUUGAAAGACGAGCUUUGCCAAAAGCAAACCCUUAUUACAAUGAAUAUUUUUUCCCCGAGUAAUAUCAUAUUCAUCAUAUAAAAAAACCCUGAGCCCGUCCCAGCAACACACAGUGGGCAGUCAGGGAUGAUUUAAGUGUUCUUUUACCCUUUUCCCAAACAUUUCAAACCAUAGGUUCUAUCUGAAAUUAUUUUGUUACUGGGAUGUUUAUAAAAUUAGAAACGAGAACAAUGAGACACUUAAAGCUAAUUUCCAAACAUGUCAAACCUUAAGUUCUAUCUAAACUAGAAAGCUAAUUUAGGAUUCUGAAACAUGUCCAACUUAAAUCCUUGAAAAUUCAUUCUCUGCAAGUGAAGGUUUUUUUUUUUUCACUUUUCUUUGGGAAAAUGAGGCUUGGGAAGAAGGGUUUAAGUUGACCUCUUGUCAUCCUUGAAUGGGUUACAUUCAGUUCCUAAAGCUAGGAAGAUUUUCCCUGUAGUGAUGUCCAAAAGAUAUGAGGUUAUGCACAACCCCCCAUUGAACGGUCUACAAGACAAACAUCAUUUGCGAACACAGUGGAAUCUAUUCAAGUGAGGAUCAUCAGGGGAGGCAGAAAGCCUAAAAAAUAGAGAAGGUACAUAUCCUAACAAAGUGGUUACAAUGACUUAUAACUACAAAACCAAUAGUGCAAUAAAAUUUACAAAGCUUUUCCCUGAGAUAUGAAAGGCUAGGAAAAUUAAAAAAAAAAAAAAAAAAAA